AUGCGUACUGAUAACAAGACGAUGGCAAAUACAUCGGAAAGUCGUGAUGAUGAGUUAUCACGUGAUAAAUAUCACAGCAAACGUCACCAUUUGGAUCGAGAAAAACACACUAAAGGGCAUCACCAUGAGGAUGAAGACAGGGACUCGAAAAUUCAUAACAAACGAAAGGAAUAUCAUCGACACGAACUGGAAUCAAACAAAAGAGGAGAUUCGAAAUCGUCGAGGGCGAAUGACGAUUUUGAUAGAAAUGAGCGGCGGAAACAAAUUAAUGAAAGGCACAGAGACAGAGGGGGUGAUGAUGAAGGUGACAUCAGUAGGGGAGAUAUGAGAACAGAGAAAAAAAUCAGAGAUUCGGCAGAACAUUCAAAUCGGCGAGAUUCUUCCGGAAGAAGUGGACACAAGGAAAGCUCCAAAAGACGAGGCGAAGAACGCGAAAAUGAUCAUCGAAAACAGUCAGUCAAGCGUGAGAUUCGUGAUGAAGAUGAUGGUAGAAAUGCGAAAGAAAAUCUAGUAUGGGGAAAGAUGGAAGAGAAGAAUGAGGAGACGAAACCCGUCGAGAAAGAGAAACCAAGUUUUGAGCCGAGUGGCAAAUUGGCUGAAGAUACAAAUACCUAUAAAGGCGUUGUUAUCAAAUACAACGAACCUCCAGAUGCGCAUAAACCGAAAUUACGAUGGCGUUUAUAUCCGUUCAAGGGUGAUGAAGCAUUACCAGUUCUGUAUAUUCAUCGUCAAUCGGCGUAUUUGAUAGGACGUGAUCGACGUGUUGCCGACUUUGCGGUGGAUCAUCCAAGUUGUUCUAAGCAACAUGCCGUAUUCCAGUACCGUUUAGUUCCGGUUGAAUUAGACGAUGGUUCUAGAAUUCGACGUAUUAAACCGUAUAUCAUUGAUUUGAACUCUGCGAAUGGUACUUAUUUGAAUAAUGAACGCAUUGAGCCACAACGAUUCGUUGAAUUGCGUGAAAAAGAUGUACUGAAAUUUGGCUUUAGUACACGUGAAUUUGUUCUGCUGAACGAAAAAUCAAAUGAGUCAGAUAGUGAAUCAGACCACAACGAUAUGAAAAUCCCGAAGCAUUCCCCGCCCUCAUCUCCAUCUCCAUGA